ACAAUAUGAUUGUUGUUUAAAAUCGCCGGAAAACGUACGUUCCUUAAUUUUCCACUGGUAUUUAAAAUUCAUCCAUUUAACGGCAUUUAAUGUAAAGAUGACAACCGACGAGAGUAUAAUGACAGAAAUGCUGGAUCGUGCAACGAAUCCGACAAAGGAACGAGUCGACGAACUAGGCGUCCAAAUGUUUUGCAUUGUGGUACGCAGCAACACCCAAUUGGUGCACAAGGCGCAGGAGAUGAUUGUAACCAAAGUUCGUUCGACCAAUGUGAACGAAGCGAUUCGAGCAAUUGCGUUGCUGGAGGAAUGCAUGACACAAUGCGGCGACGUGUUCCAGGAUGAGGCAGCCAAGUUUCGUUUUCUCAACGAGCUGAUAAGAUUGGUGUCAAAGAAAUAUGAUGGUGCCAUAACUCCGCUUGUGGUGAAGCAGCGCAUAAUGGAAUGCCUGCUGCUGUGGACCACCGAGUUUCCGCAGCGCCAAAAGAUACGGGAUGCCUACGAGAUGCUGCGCAAAGAGGGCGACAUCGAUCACAGCCAAACAGCCGCUGCGCUGGCCAAGCGGGAGAGCGUGCUCAAUACCAUGGACGAGGCCAUGUUCGCCAAACUGAUCAAAAGUCAGGAUCCGGAGAACUUUAAGCGCGCCAAUCUAUUGCUCCAAUAUCGCAUGGCCCAGGAGGCGCGACGCAAUGAUUUGCUCGCCCAGCAUCGCCUCGUACUGCUGGAGGUGCAAGAGACCAUGCAGCUGCUCAACGAAAUGCUAGACAGCUAUAAUCCCAGCGAUGAUGAUGUCAAUGAGACCAUACGCGAGCUCUACAAGAGCUGCAAGAAGCAUAAACCCAUCUUCCAGCAUCUGCCCGAGCUGUUGGGCGACUCAGAUGCUCAGCUAAUAGAAAAGACGCUGGAUACAAAUGGCGCUCUGGUGGCAGUUAUGGCGCGCUAUAGGCAACUGGUGCCCUCGCCUAAAAAAAGCACUACACCAGCUAUUCAAUCCAUAGGCACAGCUGCAGCAACGGCCACAACUAAAUCAGCUGUUGCCAGCGGCUCCAGCAAUGCGGCACUGCUCAACGAUCUGCUCGGGGAUUUGCUGCUUGGCGAUGGCGAAGCCCGGGCCACGCCAACCAUUGCAUCCAAUAGCUCAAUGCCCAAUACUUUGACGGAUCUAAGCGACAUCUUUAGCAGCGCUCUGACCGAGAGCAAAGACAAGCAACAGCAAAGCGCGACGCCUUUUCAGCAUGCUGGCAGCGGUGAGCUGCUGGAGCCACAGGUGCUCAGCCUUUUGGAAAACGAAAGCAACGGCGCUGCCGGUGAUGGCCUGGCCAAUGGCAGUGCCGCUGCAGAUGAUACCAAGAAGCCCAGCGUUGCACGCAAAAUGCCCGAAAUUGAUAUGCUAAGUGAGGAACUGUUCCAGCAGAUACUGCCAGAACAGGAGCGUAUGGGCAGCUUUAAGCGUUAUCCCGAGAAAUUGACGCUCAACGAUUUGGCUCGCGAACGCAUGCAAGUGAAGCCCGCAAAGCAAUCAGCUGCGGACGCAUUGGAUGAUGUGCCGUUGUUGAGCGCUACGCCAGCACAGUCGGUGCCGGUGCAGGUAACGCAGCCUGCAAAGGAAGAGGAGAAGAUUGAGGGGGCACCUCCAGCUGCCACAAAAGAAAUCAAGCAUCUUAGCGAGAUCAGCAUCGAUCUGGAUAAUAUUCAGGCCACGGGCGAGGAGCGUGUUAUGCUGGACGAUGACGAUAUGCUUCUAUGCCUAAACUUUACAGAUGAGCGGCCCAGUCGCAAUGUAUCAGUAAUUGUGAUAUCGGCCCAAAAUAAAAGCCGCCAGCCAGUCAAAGACUUCCAGUUCGAGGCGAGCGUUAAAAAGCCCUGCAAGGUGCUCCUUUUGCCACCCACGAGCAACGCAAUGGCGGCGCACAAGCCGUUCCGGCCAGCACCGCCUAUUAAUCAAGUGAUGCUGCUGCUGAAUCCCACAGGCAAGUCGGUGGAUGUUACAUGCAUUGUGGGCUACAGGCUGGGCGAUGAUCCAGAUCCCAUCAAAGAGUCAAUUGUAGCAAAGGGCAUCGACUAUGUGGACUAAGAUCGUCGCGUUUUUUAUUCUUCGUGCCGCCUUGUUUUCUUUUAUGAAAAAAAAAAACGGGCUAGUCACUAUUGAUUUCUUUGUCGCACUGAAUUAUUGAGCUCUUUCCAAAUUAUUAUUAUUACUGUGUAUUUAUGUGUACUUACAUUGAUUGUAUGCCUAUAGGGAUUUUUAUUAAAUUGCAUUCCCUUAUA